UUAUUUAUAUACCUCUAUUGAUUUGUGCACUAUUCCUAUACAGGUAAUCUUUAUUUCUCAGUUGACAGUAGGUUAACUGUCGAAAUAAUUAUAAUUGAUAAACCUAAAAAUAUAAACAAAAGUACAUACUGCGGUAUAUAUUAGAAGGUAAAUAAUAAAUUAGGUUAAAGGAUUAUGUGCACAUAGCACAGUACCUAUUAUUUAUCUGUGAUUAUUGGUUUAAACUUUAAGCUUUAAACCAAAUGUUUGAAAUACCAUGGCUAGUUACGAACAUAAGCAAUUAGCACAAUAUCUAAAAGAUGUUCACUCUAACCUUCGUAUUAGUGCCGUAACUUUAGGUGCAAAAGAAGCAUGGGCCAGGCACUGUAAAAAUAAAGAUGCAUUGUUGACUUAUGCUGAAUAUAUGGAAAAGUUGGCUACUGUUUUCUGGGAAGAGAACUAUGGUAAUGAAGAUAGUUCAGCGACAUCUCGCAUUCAAUGGUCAGUCGAAUUAUGCAACGAUUACUUUAUAAAGAAAGAAUUUGUUAAAUUUAGUGCAAAAGAUUUCGAGAUUAGCAAAAAACUUAAUAUUCAAUUGUCUCAUAAAGAGUCGUUUACAGAAACAUUACAAUUACUUGAUGUUGGCAGUUGCUACAACCCAUUUAGAAGUUACAAUUUAUUCAAUGUUCUAGCCAUUGAUUUGUGUCCUGCGAACCAAUAUGUUAAAGAAUGUGAUUUUCUAAAUGUACACAUAGGAAAAGAAACAAUAGUACAUGAAAAUAUCAUUAAAGAAUUGAAACAAAAAUCAUUUGAUGUAAUAACAUUUUGCUUCCUUUUAGAAUAUAUACCUUCAUCUGAUCUAAGAAUAACAGCAUGUGAAAAUGCAUAUAAAUUAUUGAAACCUGGUGGCCUGCUCAUAAUUUCAACUCCUGAUUCAAAACAUGUUGGAGCAAAUUGUAAAUUAAUGAAAUGUUGGCAAUAUACAUUAGCAUGCUUAGGUUUUUCACGAAUUAGGUAUGAAAAGUUAAAACAUAUGCAUUGUAUAGGAUUUAGAAAGGCACUACAUAAAGAUGUGGCUGUGAGGUGGGCAACAAUUCAUAAAAAACCAUUCAUGGAUUUUUCUAUUCACAUACCGCAAGACCAUUCAAAAUUAGAGCAUCACAAUACUACAAUCCCGAACAUAGAUAUAUCUCCUGAUGAUUUCAAACAUCUUCCCUUUUCUGAUUUAUGACAAUAAAAACAAUGAAACUGA